AUAUAUAUUGUAUUUAUCUGUGAGAUAUAUUGUUCUUUAAUCUUCUUAAAUUUUUUAUUAAACUAUAUACAGCAAGCUUUGGACCCCAUAAGAAUAUUCAUUAAUUUCAUUAUCGAAUGACGACAAGGUUUUAUCAUAUAUCUUCGGUCUUCUGUAUCCUUUUGUAAUCAUUGUACUGCUGCAGUCAAAACUUGAAAGUUGUCAUACCGUUCUUGUGUAUCAGUCUUUACCUACAUUUAGUACAUUCUACAGAAGUAUCAGUAAUAUUUAAGUAUGACUUCAAUAGAAGUGAAGGAAAUUAUCGAGCAUCCUAUUAAAUUGAGAGUAAUGCGUCUCGGUAAGCCGGUUAUGUUUAACUCAAAAGUAGUCACAUGUGAUUCAAAAGAUUUACCAGGAUCUGUGUUGAAUACACAAUUAAAAAAAGAUGUGACUACAUUAGCUGAUGCAGAAACAUUAGCAGCUGGUUCAUUUCUAAUGGUUCCUAAUGUUCUAGAAAAUGUGUAUCUUGGUGAAACAUUUCUGUGUUAUAUUUAUUUGAAGAAUGAAAGUUCCCAAACAGUUUAUGAUAUUAUUUUAAAAGCAGAAAUAGAUACUGCAACAUCACAUAUACCAAUUUUGGGACCAAAAGCUUUUCCUAAGUUGGACCCGUAUGCUUCUAUUGAUGUUAUUGUAAAGCAUGAAGUUAAAGAACACGGUAGUGUCAAUAAAUUGAUUUGUCAAGUGGAAUAUGAUAGAAAAUAUUCAUUCGAAACAAUAUUCAGUUAUAGAGUUCCAAAACCUUUAGAUCUAAAAACAAAAUUCUACAAUACCGUCACUGAUGAAGUUUAUUUAGAAGUUCAAGUUCAAAAUAUUAUGUCGACUCCAAUUUCAUUAGAAAAAUUUAUCUUAGAAUCAUCAGUUGGAUAUAAUGUUAUUUCAAUGAAUCAUUUACUUGAAAGCUCCGAUAAUAAAUCUAUUUUUGGCGAUAUGGACAUACUGAAUGUGAAAGAAACACGGCAAUAUAUGUAUAGAUUAAGCUUAGAUCAAACUGCUGAAAAAAAUCCAACAAGAACGAAUAAUCUUGGCAAGUUAGAUAUUUUAUGGCGAUCUAAUAUGGGAACUAAAGGUCAAAUACAAUCCAGUCCAUUAGUUAGACAGAUUCCAGAAUUAGAUGACAUAACAUUUUCCAUAACAUAUUUGCCCGAUAUGGUUUUUUGUGAAGAACAAUUUGACUUCACAUGCUCAAUAAAAAAUAACAGAAACCGUGACAUGCAGCUAGUUGUCGAAGUCAGUGAUGAAGAAGAUAGUAAUCUUGCUUGGACUAUGAUUUCUGGCACACAGUUAAGACUUUUACCACCAUAUGCAACAAUCAAAACUGUAUUCUCAAUGGUAGCAUUAAAUCAUGGAUUACAAGUUAUUUCAGGUAUUAAAUUGAAAGAAUUAAUACUGAAUCGUACAUAUUCAUACAAUAACUUUGGCCAUGUAUUUGUUGCUCAAAAUGUUAGUUAAUCUUUCAAUGCUAGUUUUUACUAGUUUCUGUGAUAUUUUUUUUAAAGUAUAAAAUAAUUAAAUAAUAUUGACUUAAUCUCCUAAUAGUUCAUACUUAUUUUU